AACGGUACGUACUGGGGAGGGGAGGCAUGUUCGCUACAGGCCCGGCACACGACACUGCUCGUCUUGAUAGGCUCUCCUAGAAUAGUGAAUCAGAUGUGAGAAUUCGAGAUCGAUAUAAAUUGUUUGGCAUUGGACUCUUCUCUUCUUUCUCAAUUCAGGACCUCAACCCAGCGUGCUACCUCCGUACUCUGGUCGCCAUGCAUCUUCUGAGUCUCGCCGCCCUUGCGCUCAGCAUUGGUCUUUCCAUUGCCAGUCCAGCUCCCCAUGUACGUGUUCGUCACGAGAAACGGACCCCUUCACCUCAAUGGCUCAAGAGAACGAGAGCACCGCCAGAGACCAGUUUGCCGGUGCGAAUCGGCAUGGCCCAGAACAAUCUAGACGUUGGCCAUGAGCGUCUCAUGGAGAUCUCUGACCCCAAUUCGGAGAAGUAUGGACAGUAUCUGAGCGCCCAGGAAGUUGGGGAUCUGUUCAGACCGUCGAGCGAGUCGAUUGAUGCGGUACGUGAAUGGCUUCACAAUUCCGGCAUCGAGUCAGAUAGGCACUCGGUCUCGCCUGGUCGAGGUUGGCUCAAAUUCGAUGCUACCGUCGAGGAAUUGGAAUCUCUGUUGUUUACGGAAUAUCACAUCUACGAGCAUUCGGACACGAUGGAACAGCAUAUCGGCUGCAAUGAAUAUCACGUUCCCCGUCACAUCCAGAAGCAUAUCGACCUUAUCACCCCAACGGUAACUUUUGCCAAACUCAAGGGCGGAGAGAAGAUGAAGAAGCGUUCUAAACUCGCCAGUCUCUCCCGUGCCAGAUUAGACCCUCAUGUGACUCCAGCUGAGACUGGGGGGAGACAAAUGAGUGUUUCUGGAAACUCCGGUUCGGAAGUACCCUGUUAUCUGGCAGUCACACCAGACUGCAUCAGACAACUGUACGGCAUUCCCAUGGGCACUACCAACCAGACUGGUAAUGAGAUUGGCAUUUUUGAGGAUGGUGACUACUAUGACCAAGAAGAUCUCGACCUCACCUUUGCUGCUCUCGCGCCUUACGUCCCAAACGGGACUCAUCCGACGCUGAACGGGAUCGAUGGUGGCUAUGCUCCCAUGGAUGACUUAAUCGGAGUUGAAUCGCUCCUUGACAUGUCAAUCAUCUUCCCAUUGAUCCACCCUCAAGCGGCCACAUUGUAUCAGGUCGAUGACUAUAAAGAGGUGGAGCUGUCUCAGGGCUUUGGAAAUACCUUCCUUGACGCACUCGACGCCUCGUAUUGCACAUAUGAAGGUGGCGAUGAUCCUACUUUAGAUCCUCAUUAUCCUGACACAGCACCAAACCCCGCCAAUGAGUCUUGGUUACCGAACGGGACAUGGGGACAGUCAGAGAUGUGCGGAGCUUACAAGCCUACCAAUGUCAUCUCUGUUUCUUACGGACUCGGGGAGAAUGCCUUCUCUUACUUUUAUGAGAACAGGCAAUGUCAAGAGUACAUGAAGCUUGGUCUACAAGGUGUCUCUGUCAUCUAUGCUUCGGGUGACAGUGGUGUCAGCAACCGUGGCGAGUGCAUAGUGCCCAGCAACGUCACCAACUAUACCACCAUUGAGAACAACCCUGGUGCUUUCUCCCCCAGUUUCCCUGCCGCGUGUCCUUACUUGACAUCUGUCGGAGCAACUAUGCUCAACUCCACAACGGAACUGGUCGAGACCGCCGUCUCAGUGCCAGAAGAAGGAUACUGGUCUGGCGGCGGCUUCAGCAACUACUGGCCCGCCCCCUCGUAUCAGGAAUCCACCCUGCGCUCGUACUUUGAGAACACCCCUCCCCCGUACACGAACACUACCGCCUAUGGAACUCCCUACUACAACUCCUCCGGUCGUGGUUAUCCAGACGUCGCUGCAGUCGGCCAGAACAUCCUCCUCUACGUCCAGGGCGCGCCCUCUUUCGUCGGCGGCACCAGUGCCUCUGCCCCUAUCUUUGCCAGCAUCAUCACCCUCAUCAACGAAAAGCGUCUAGCGGCUGGCAAGAGCACCGUUGGAUUCGUGAACCCUGUUCUGUACCAGAACCCGGAUGCCUUUAAGGAUAUCACCACAGGUGAUAACCCAGGCUGUGGGACCGACGGUUUCAGCGCCGUCAAGGGCUGGGAUCCAGUCACAGGACUCGGCACCCCCAUCUUCUCCAAGCUUCUGGAUGUGUUCAUGGCUUUGCCUUGAUGGGCUCAAGUUGAACACCCGAGCGCUACAUCUUGCAUGUCAUGGAUGGCAACAUCUUCUUAUACCUCUACAUCGUAAUCAUGAAGAUUCUAGAUACGUCAGGAGCUCGUAUUCUACACGCUUUGGGGACAAUUCUUUUUCUUUCUCACGAAAUACUUACUGUAUGUACGAUUAAUACAACGUCUAUUAUGAAUAUUAUGAAACAGCG